AUGGACGCAACUACACUUCUUGCCAACACUUUAUCAAAUGAUCGUGCCUUGCGUGAAGAUGCCACUCAGAAAUUAGAAUUGUUUGCUCAGGAAAACUACUCUAGCUACGUGGUUUCUUUGUGUCAAAUUCUUGCCAACGAGCAAAAUAACGAACAAAUCAGAAUGUCUGCUGGUCUUGCCAUGAAGAAUACCUUGACAGCAAAGGAAUUCGCUCGCAAAGAGGAGCUUUCUCAAAGAUGGCUCUUGACUGCUGAGGAUCUCCGUGCUCAGAUUAAACAAGGCGUCCUUCAAGGUUUGAGCUCUCCUAAAAAGACGGUCGGCAAUAUCUCUGGACAAGUAGUGGCUGCCAUCGCUGAAAUCGAAUUGCCCUUGGGUCAAUGGCCUGAUUUGAUCCGUAUCAUGCUUGAAAACAUCUCAACUGACAAUGCUACAUUAAAGCAAUCUACCUUGCAAGCUAUUGGCUAUGUUUGCGAAGCUACUGAUCCUGUGGUGCUUGCUAGUCAAUCCAAUGAUAUUUUGACCGCAGUUGUCCAGGGUGCUCGUAAAGAAGAACCAAAUCAAGAUGUUCGUCUUGCAGCUAUCAAGGCUUUGAUCAACUCUCUUGAUUUCAUCAAGGAAAACUUUGAGCGUGAGGGCGAACGCAACUUCAUUAUGCAAGUUGUUUGUGAAGCUACUCAAAGCGAAUCCAGCGAUGUCCAAGUGUCUGCUUUCGAAUGUCUUGUUCGCAUUAUGCAAACCUACUACGACAAGAUGCGUCUUUAUAUGGAAAAAGCCUUAUUUGGCCUUACCGUUGCUGGUAUGAACAAUGAAGAUGAACGUGUUGCACUGCAGGCUAUCGAAUUUUGGUCUACAGUUUGUGAUGAGGAAAUUGAGUUAAAGGACGAGUUGCUCGAUGCUCAUGAAGCUGGAGAACAACCUGACCGUGAAAGCUACCACUUUGCUGAAUUAGCUCUUGCCGAUAUCCUUCCUGUACUUUUAUGGACUCUCACAAAGCAAGAAGACGAUUACGAUGAGGAUGAAUGGACGGUUGCAAUGGCUGCUGCCACCUGUAUCUCUUUGCUUGCGCAAUGUGUUGGUAACAAUGUCAUCCAACCUGUUGUACCCUUCAUCGAAUCAAACAUUCAAAGCGAGGAUUGGAGAAACCGUGAAGCUGCUGUCAUGGCAUUUGGCUCUAUUUUAGAUGGUCCAGAUCCAGCUGUCUUGACUCCUUUGGUUGAUCAAGCCUUACCUACUUUGAUCCAAAUGAUGAAGGAUUCUGUCGUUCAUGUCAAAGAUACCGUCGCUUGGACUCUUGGUCGUAUUUGCGAAUUGCUUAUCCACUGCAUUAAGCCUGAGGUUCACUUGAAUGAAUUGGUAUCUGCCCUUGUAUACGGCCUUCAAGAUAAUCCUCGUAUUGUUGGCAACUGUUGUUGGUCAUUGAUGAAUUUAGCCGAGCAAUUGGGUCCCGGUGAAGGUGCUGUUACAUCUCCUCUAUCGGUCUUCUUCGAAGGCAUCAUCACUGCUCUUUUACAAUUCACUGAAAGAGCCAACAAUGAAGCCAACUGUAGAACGUCUGCCUACGAAGCCAUUUCCACGCUCGCCAUGUGCUCAGCUGAUGAUUGUAUCAACACUGUGCAAAGAAUCGUGUUGACUGUAUUGGACCGUUUAGAAACCACCAUGGCUAUGGAGAGCCAAAUCCUUGACGCAGACGAUAGAGCCAGCCACUCAGAGUUACAGUCUAGUUUGUUGGGCGUGUUGACCAACUGUAUCCGUCGUCUUUCUAGAGAUAUCAGCCAAGUCGCUGAUCGCAUCAUGACAGUCGUCCUUCAACUUUUGAACAAUCAAUCCAAACAAGCAACUACCACUGAAGACGCUUUCUUGGCUAUUGGUGCCAUGACCAGCGCCUUGGAAGCUGAUUUCAACAGAUAUGCUCAAUUAUUCGUACCUAUUCUCUGCACCGCCUUACAAAACCCUGCCGAAUACCAAUUAUGUUUCAUUGCUGUUGGUCUGAUUGGUGAUAUCUGUCGUGCUCUUGGAAAGGAUGCUGCUCCCUACUGUAACGAGUUGAUGCAAUUGUUGGUGACUAACCUCCAAUCGCCUAUUCUCCAUCGUACUGUCAAGCCUGCUAUUCUCUCCUGCUUUGGUGAUAUUGCCUUAGCUAUUGGCGAUCAAUUCAGCGCAUAUUUGGAAGUUGUCAUGAUGGUCUUACAACAAGCUGGCGGUAUGCGUGCUGAUAGAGACAAUUACGAAAUGAUUGAUUAUGUCAACACUUUAUACGAGGGCUGUGUUGAGGCAUAUGUUGGUAUCGUUCAAGGCUUAAAUGGAACACUUCAAGCUGCCACAUUAUUACCCUUCUUGCCUCACGUCUUUGACUUUAUGCACCUCAUUGCUGCUGAUCCCAACAGAACCGAUUCCCUCACAAGAUCUGUCAUUGGUUUAUUAGGUGAUCUUGCAGAGACAUUUGAGAGUCAAUUAAAGGCAUUUUUCCAACAAGAAUGGGUCGCUGCCUUGUUGCGUGAAGCUAGAACAAGUCGUCAUUACACUCAAACCACCAAAGAAACCGCACGUUGGGCCAAGGAGAUGAUUAAGCGUGCUUGUCAAUAA